AAUGUAAUACGUAGCUGCUUAUGCUUUGUUAGUUUUGGGAGGAAAGGCUCAACCAAGUAAAUCAUAUCACAAUGAAUAUCUUAGCUGAGGCAGAUAUUAAGGGAUUAUUGGCUGAAGUAGGUGCUCAAGGAGCUGAUGAUUAAAUCAAGGGAAUAGUAGAUGCAUUGAAAGGAAAAACUCUUUCUGAUGUUAUCAGCGAAGGAUUAAAAAAAGUAGGCACUCUCUAAUUGGGAGGAGGAGGUAUAUAGUGAAUAAUAAUCUUAAGCUGCAUCAAGUGCUCCAGCUUAAACCUAAGCUCCAGCUGCCGCCAAAUAAGAGGCCCCUAAACCAGUUGAAAAAGCCCCAGAACCAGAAGAAGAUGUUGAUAUGGGUGGUUUGUUUGACUGAU